UUCUGGCAAGUGCUGGCAAAUGGUCGCCAAAGUGGUAACUAGGGAUCUGAGCUCGGCAGUGACGCGCGCCCCUCACGUGACCAGGAGCCUAUGUCUGCCCAAGUCCCCGCCGUCCUGGUCCUUUUUGCCUGUUCAGACACGGUCUUCAUAUUACCCGGUGGUCGAGAAGGAAAGCAGAAAAUAACUGCUUGAAAAACAGAAUUCUCAACAUGGAAAAAUCAUGCACAGAAAAUGAAGAACAGCCACAGAGCACUCUAAAGGCCGAUGAAGAAAGGCCUCCUGUGGACCAGCCUCCUGAAAAUCAGUGUUCAGAGGAGGAUCAGUCCUCAGAGGAUCUGUCCUCGGAGGAGCAGUCCUCUGAGGAGGAGUUCUUUCCUGAGGAGCUUCUGCCAGAGCUGCUGCCUGAGAUGCUGCUGUCAGAGGAUCGCCCUCCACAGGAGUGCCUCUCCCAGAAGAACCUGUUCGAGGACCGCCCUCCCAUGGAGCAGCCUCCCUGUGGGGUGGGCAAACACAAGCUGGAAGAGGGAAGUUUCAAAGAAAGGCUGGCCCGCUCCCGCCCUCAAUUUAGAGGAGACAUACAUGGCAGAAAUUUAAGCAAUGAAGAAAUGAUACAGGCAGCGGAUGAGUUGGAAGAGAUGAAAAGAGUGCGAAACAAACUGAUGAUAAUGCAUUGGAAAGCAAAACGAAGCCGUCCUUAUCCUAUUUAAUGUGUUCCACUUUUCGUUCAGGUUUGCAGAUAUAGCUGCCACCUGGACCCUCUGUUUGCUUCUUACAUGCCUUUUCCCUUAUUGUAAUUUUUGUGUACCUUUACUUUAGAUGUUUGACGUGUAACUGGUAUAAAAUUGUUUUUUUUUAACCUUGUAAAAUCUGACUCCCAUCCAUUUGCAUGUAAAGUUGUGCAUUAUAUAUUGUGAAGUGAAAAAUGCAGACGGUAUAUACAUAGUAUCCAAUUUUUGUAAAAGGAAAACACAUAUUUAUAUAAUAUGCAAAGAAAAACUAUAUAUAUGUAAAGGCUAAUACUGGCCAUCUGUGGUAAGAUAUUAGGUGAUUUUAUUUUUUUUAUUUUUGCUUUAUCUGAAUUCUCAUUAUUCAUGAACACAUUUCUAUUUAUGUUGCACAAAAAUAAUAUAAAGAAAAAUGUAAAGCUAUUCUAAAUAAUAAUGUUAAUCAGCAUAUGAAGACGUGACCCUUAAUAAAUAUUUGUCCAAACUCAA